AUGCCAUUCAGACUGAUUCUGGACUUUUUUUAUACGCUACCUUUUUUGAACGCCAUUCAGACCGGUUCUAGACCUUCUUUAGACAUCAUUUCAGACUGUUCUAGACCUUCUUUAGACAUCAUUUCAGACUGUUCUAGACCUUCUUUAGACAUCAUUUCAGACUGUUCUGGACCUUUUUUAGAUGCCAUUUGGACUGCAUAUAUAAGGGCUUUGGAUAGAUAUUGGCUUCGAUUCUUUGGGUAG